ACAAAGUGAAGCCAAGUGAUAUAGGACAAUAAGGCUUCAUUCCCAGAUGAGCUCAAUUCUGUCUGUGCCCACAUGGACCAUCAAAACAUGGAGGAACCUUUAUGAACUCUCGCGGGCCCCGAUGACCCUGUGACUUCAGUCUGUGAGCGAUGUGAGAGCAUCCUUCAGGAGGGUGAACCCACAGAAAGCAUCCAGCCCAGAUCAGGUGCAAAAAAGGUUUGUCUUGCAAGGACGAAGUUGAGGACAAAUCUAAAUGCAGGACAAAGAAGCGGAGGCAGAGUUGUGAAGCGUUAGCACCGUCACGAAUGGGGAACCGGUAUCCAGGAGAGUCUUUACAUGGAGACAAGUUUUACAUAGAGUAUUCAGGACAUAAUGCGGAGCUUAGAACUGACAGUCCUAUGGAAUCAGGAAAUGAGGUUUAAUCACCCUAGAGUCGACAACGAACUGCCUUUUAAAACUGAAUAUUCAACAACUUACUGUGAACAACAGCCCUGAAGACUGCCUGUCCCUUUAAGCUUGGAUGAGCGACAGAUAUUGACAAACUAUCGUCAUCGGAAACUGUGAAUGAUUGCUACUAGUGAUAUCCCUUGCCAAGACGCUGUGUCAGGCUGCUGGAUCAUCUCAACCUCUGCUUUGUUGUGCUUGGAUCCCUCUUGCACGCCCCAACGUAUUCUGCGCCAUUUGCUUCUGGGUCUGGAUUGGAAUAUGCCAUCUGAAAUGUGUCUCAGCAUUCAAGAGAUGCUAACGGGUCACAGACUCUGUCAGUCCAAGUCCCAUAAGGAUGCCGUCCUGGCCGCGUUGAACCAGCAGAGGAUGGAUGGGAUACUCUGUGAUGUCAUUCUAGUUGCCGAGGAUCAGAAAUUCCAUGCCCACAAGGCAGUCCUGGCAGCAUGCAGUGAUUACUUCCGAGCCAUGUUUAGUCUCUGCAUGGUGGAGAGCGUGGCUGAGGAAGUGAAUCUGCAUGGAGUGACCAGUCUGGGUUUGAAACAAGCUCUCGACUUUGCAUAUACAGGACAGAUCGUACUGGAGCCAUGUGUAGUCCAGGAUGUGCUUGCAGCAGGAAGCCACCUUCAGUUAUUGGAGCUUCUGAAACUCUGUUCUCACUACCUUAUCCAGGAGCUGACUAGUUUUAAUUAUCUGGAUUUAUAUAAACUUGCCGACCUAUUUAACCUCACGCUGCUAGAGGAAGCUGUGGUGAAUUUCCUGGUCAAACACCUUUCCGAACUGUUGAAGAACCACCCAGAUAAGGUCAUGGCUCUCCCUUAUAGGCUGCUUCGAGAGGUUUUAAAGAGUGAUCACCUGACGUCCCUGAGUGAGGAAAAGAUUUGGCAGCUGGCGGUGAAAUGGCUGGAACACGGCUGCCGAUAUCAGUACAUGGGUGAACUAUUGCAAUAUGUACGCUUUGGCUUAAUGGAUGUUGACACACUUCAUGCAGUGGCUCUGACUCACCCUUUGGUUCAGGCCAGUGAAACAGCCACAGCCUUCAUUAACGAGUCGUUGGCGUACCACCAGAGUAUCUAUGCACAGCCCAUUUGGCAAACCAUCAGGACAAGGCCCCGCUUUCAGUCGGAGACCCUCUACAUCAUCGGUGGCAAGAAACGCGAGAUCUGCAAAGUGAGAGACUUGCGGUAUUUUAACCCCGUGGACCAGGAGAACGUUCACAUCGCCGGGGUUUCCAACUGGAGCGAGCUGUCCCCCAUGCCCGUGGGAAGAAGUCACCACUGCGUGGCCGUCAUGGGAGACUUCCUGUUUGUGGCAGGCGGGGAGGUGGAGCACACGACGGGCCGCACCUGUGCAGUCAGGACCGCCUGUCGUUAUGACCCACGUAGCAACACCUGGACUGAGAUUGCUCCCAUGAAGAACUGCCGCGAGCAUUUUGUACUCGGCACCUUGGAUGAAUACCUGUAUGCAGUGGGCGGAAGGAAUGAACUGCGGCAGGUGUUACCCACGGUGGAGAGGUACUGUACAAAGAAGAACAAGUGGUCGUUUGUACAACCAUUUGAUAGAUCACUGUCCUGCCAUGCAGGGUGUACAGCGGAUGGAUUUCUGUGGAUAUCAGGUGGCGUGACUAACACUGCUCAGUAUCAGAACAGGCUAAUGGUGUACGAUCCAGGCCAGAAUAAAUGGAUCAGCCGCAGUCCCAUGUUGCAGAGGCGAGUCUAUCAUGUUAUGGCAGCUGUCAAUAGAAAGCUCUACGUACUUGGUGGAAAUGAUUUGGACUAUAACAAUGAUCGGAUUUUGGUUCGGCAGAUUGACUGCUAUAACAUAGACACUGACCAGUGGGUACGCUGCCAAUUUAGCUUGCUGACAGGUCAAAAUGAGUCAGGUGUAGCUGUGCACAAUGGAAGAAUAUACCUUGUUGGCGGGUAUUCAAUCUGGACUAAUGAGCCGUUAGCUUGUAUCCAGGUAUUGGAUGUAAGUGCUGAAGGUAAAGAAGAGGUGUUCUAUGGGCCAACACUACCGUUUGCAUCCAAUGGAAUAGCAGGGUGUUUUCUCCCAGCCCCUUACUUUACAUGCCCCAAUCUUCAGACAUUGCAAGUGCCUCAUCAUCGGAUCGGUGCAGUGUGAGAGAACUGAGGAUAUGUUUUCCAAUCCCUCAUGCAUUAUGGAAUGGAUAUGGCUAAACAUGGCAUCAACACUGCUUCCAAUACUUUCUCUGAUUUGUAUCGUCAGGGCAAAGUCCAAUUUUCUUGCGAUAUACUCCGUCAAGAACACAAGCUGAUCAUCAGCCCUUCAUUGAAUGCGUACUCUUCUAAUUCAAAUUCUCUGCAGGAGAGCCAUUUUAAUUGCACUCAGUGGCCACUUUGUUAGGUGCAAGAGUGGAACCUGGUGUGGUCUUCUGCUGAAUGCUGCAGCCCAUCCACUUCAAGGUUCAAAAUGUAGAUUCAGAGAUGCUCUUCUGCACACCACUGUUGUAACGUGUGGUUAUUUGAGUUACUGUCACCUUCCUGUCAGCUUGAACCAGUCUGGCCAUUCUCCUCUGACCUCUCUCAUUAACAAGGCAUUUUUACCUACAGAUUGUUGCUCACAGGAUUUUUUUUUUGUGUUUUACAUCAGUCUCUACAAACUCUAGAGACUGAUGUGCAUGAAAAUCCCAGGAGAUCAGCAGUUUCUAAGAUAAUCAAACAGCUUCAUCUGGCACCAACAAUCAUUUCACGGUCAAAGUCACUUAGAUCACAUUUCUUCCCCAUUCUGAUGUUUGGUCUGACAACAACUGAACCUCUUGACCAUAUCUGCAUACUUUUAUGCAUUGAGUUGCUGCAAUAUGAUUGAUUAAAUAUUUGCAUUAAUGAGCAGGUGUACCUGACUAAGUGGCCACUGAGAUAGAUAGUACUGUAUUGCUACUGUUAAAAACAAUUUAGAUUUGUUGUUUAUACCUUGAAGGAGAACAAAAAAAAUCUCAAUUUAAUUUGAAUUAACGCUUUAAAUCCUCUCAGCUAAGCCUAACAUUGUAUCGAUAUAUGAGUUUAUCAUAUAUAUGAAUUCAUAUGAGUUUCUAAGUUUCCAAAAUGAUUCCGUCUACUUAUUUCAUGUUUUUGUGCAGAAUAUAUUACC